AUGUCCACAACAGAAUCAUCAUCAACUCCAUCAACAACAGCAAAACCCACAACAGACCAAGUUUUCAAACAAUUCCUUCAACAAUCCAAGACUAAAAAGGAGGAACAAGCAUCAGCGGCAAAUCAAUCAUCAUCUAAUCGAUUUGGAGGAAGAACUCUAUCUUCUCUCAUUGUGGAAAAUUCUCUUCCGAAGAGUGCUCUUGGUAGUGAUGAUGUAAAACCAACAACAUUUACUGAGGAAGAAUUGGAUAGGGAUGAUACCUUUACUCGUGUUCAGAAGAAGUAUCACUUGAGAAAUGUCUACCGAUUGAUGAAUAUGUGGAGCAAGUGUUCUUCAUUACCACAGGAACCAAUCCCAAAUCAUCCCUUUGUUACAAAUCAGAAGAGUUUGGAUGUAUUGAAAUUGGCUUGUAAUGUGAGUGGUAUGCUAGAUAGGAAUGAAUCAUUGAAUCUUGCCAAUAGAUGUCUUCCAUCAACUGUAACAAUUAAUGCAAUUUGUGGACUGAAUGCACAAAAUGUUUUGACAAAGGAAGAAGCUUUGGAUAUGAUUACUCAAUGUUCGGAUUGUUUGGAAGGAAAUGAUAGAAAUACACAAGCUAUGAAACAAGUUUAUUUGGAAACAACAGAAAUGAUUCAAGAACCAACAUCUCUCAAUGCCUUCCUUCCAAAAGUAAGCUCAAUAUUAUCAUUUGUUUCAGAUGUGGAUGGAAUGACUGAAGGUCCACAAGCUGAAAAGAGAGAACUAUUUGCUGUGAAUACUCAUCAUGACAGCAAUAAGAAAAUUAUUUCUAAAUUGAAGUUUGCACAAGCAAAUUUCUUCAAACCAGAAUUCAAUGAAAUGAGCAAAUGCUUGGAAGAGAAUGAAAAUAAUGUAAAUAAGUGUAAAUUUGAAACUAUGAACUAUACAACUCAAACGAGAGCUGUUGCCUGCAGUCGAGAAAUCUCACAAUGUUUGGAUAAUUUUUCCUCAAUUGCAGCCAAAUUACAUGAUUACCAAAAGAGACAUACUAAAUCGGGAGCAGCCAUAGGAUUUGGAUCCACUUUUAACAGAGAAGAAGAGGAGGAGGAUAUUUUUGGAGAUGAAGAGGAGAAGAAACCUACAACAGUAAAACAAAAGAAACAACAAAAGAAAUCCAAAAUACCUGAACCAGUUGUUACUACUCCACCACCUACUGUGGAUGAAGAUGCAAACGAUGAGGGUGAUGAUGGAGUUUUUGGAGCAGACAAUGAAGAUUACAAUGAUUCAUAUAACAGUAGUUCAGUAAUUAAUUCGAGUAGAAAUAGAGAAAGGAAAAAUACUAGUACAAGUAGCAGCAGUAUCAUUGGAGGACUUUUCUCAUCGAGUAACAUUCUGAAAGCUUCACAAAAGCAAAAAGAAUACGAAGAAACGAUUGAAUUUGUUGGAAAUUCUGAUAGUGCAGCAUUUGAAACAACUCCAAAAGAAUCCAAAAAUGAAAUACCAACCAAAGAUGACAUGGACAAUAUUGAAAGAACCACCAUGGAACGAUUCACUAAAUGCAUGUCUCUCUAUCAACCUACCAUUUCAUGUUUAAGGAGAGUUGAUAAGGCUCUCCAAAACUCCCUAUCAAGAGCUCAACGUGCCAAUGGAAAAAAGAAGAAAAAAGCCAAGAAACCUAAAAGCCCCUCUGAGCAAAUGUAUCACUUUGCGGACGAGGAUGAAUAA